GAAAGUAGUCAACUCAGUUACUUGAAUGUUAAUACACAUUGCACUAGAUAUGCAUACGGCCCAUCAAAAAACAAUAAUACACGUGCUAUCACAUUCCAGCUUCAUAUCAUUAUAUUCAUCGCCGUCGCCGUAGGUUUGGGUCUUCCCUAGCAGACCAUAACCCCAAAAGACAAACAAAACUGUAAGCCACAAGUAACUUGGUUUUGAUCUUUGAAAACCACCCGUUUCUUUCAUUUUCAUUUAUCAAACAGCCGUAGCAUGUUUUUCUCUUUAAUUAUAUAACAUUGUGUAUUUUGAUAAUAAGACAAAUGUGUGCAGUUGAGAUGGCCCUGAUUCAGCGAAGUAUAGCCAUUAUCCUGGCCAGUGGCGAUGAAAUUGUGUAUUUUAUACCAAAAACACUAGCUUUCGUGUGUCACUUUAUUUCGAAUUUGCGAUGACCCAUACACCCACCAGGGGCAAUGUCAAACAAUUCCUUGGGGAAAUCUUUCUUAUUUAGGACAAGCAGAUCUCAGACUACUUCACUUGUAAUCCGAUCUAGAAUAAACCUAGUUGAAUUCUGUCCUUGGAAACUAUCAAGUUCAUUGCUUAGAGGCAUACAAUCUGAAAAAUGCGUUCCAAAUGAUGGUCAGGUUGCUAAGUUUCACAAGAUUUGACCAUGAUGGUAGGGGAUUGAAAAGAGAAGGAAAUGUUUCCUCGAUCUUGAAGAAUAGGACAUCCACAAACGGUUUAAUAAUGGUGUUUGAUUUUAGGAAAGAACAGGCCGCACAGCGGACCUUCUUUUCUACUUUCAAAAGUUCUGUCCGUGGAUGUAUUGGUGUUACUGCAGACUUUCAGCUGUACCACUACUAUUCCAUCUUUGACAAGACUUCUGCCUUGGCGAAGUAUGAUGGUACUUUGGAUAAUGAAGUUGACUACUUCAACUAUUCUACCAUCUUUGGAAAGGAGGACAGAUGCUUUGGUAACCCUCAAGGUUUAGUUAAAUCUGGUGGCUUGACUAGCCUUACAUCCGACUUGGACCUCUAUGAAUUCUUCACCAUCUUUGGAAAAUGUGAAGAACAAUACUCUACUGACUAUAACUUCUAUGAUUUCUACUCCAUUUUUGAAAACCACAAAACCAAAAAACAUCAGAAAACUCAAAACUCCUACAAAAACAAUAAGCUUGAAGAAAACUAUUAUGACUUCUUCACAAUCUCUGAAAACGAAAAACAACCCUACUCUACUGACUAUAACUUCUAUGACUUCUACUCCAUUUUUGAAAACCAAAACACCAAAAAAAACCAAAAAGUCCAAAACUCCUAUAAAAGCUAUAAAACCGAAAACUGCUGCUAUCUGCUCACUUCUGACUUCAACGGGUUCAACUUCUACAAUUUGUUCAAGGACUGUGCUCAGUCAGCUUCGGGCUUUGAAUUAUAUGACUUCUUUAAAUUUUUCGAAGAAAAGGUUCCAGUUUCUGGCUCUAAGGUGUACGAAUUCUACACUGGUUCUCAAAAGAAGCUGGGAUACUCUUUAGAAAAGUUGAAGUCCGAAUUUGUUUAUUUGCCAAAGUCUAACUUCUCUAGCAAGGUUUUCUUGUCAAUUUGGGAACUGUCUUCUUUUCCCAAACUGGUUCGUUUGGCAAACGGUGAAAUCGUUACCGAAACACUUGGCAAAGCACUCUUGCCAAAAUGUCAGUCAGUUUCAUUGCCAACUUUGAACUCCUUACCAAGCCUUCAAAAGGUUCCAAAAGAUUAUGGAUAUACUUAUAUUUUCAAGCUUGGGGCGGUUUUAGCAAACCGGUCAUUGUCUUCUUUGCACAGGCUUGACGUGCAUUUGAGAAACUCUUGCCUGGUUUAUUUGCCAGACAAUGUUUCCACAUUUAAUUUUCAACCAAAACCUGAGAUGGUUUCCAUGCAAACCUAUUGGAAAUCUUCGAAGAGAACACAAUAUUCUUUGGAGUUGGUUUCUACUUCCAAGGAAAUGUUUCUUGCUCUCAAAGAAUCCACCAUUCUGGAAAUGGUGUGGGAAUACUUUUCUGAUGACGAUAUGUCUAUCGCGAGUCUCAGUCCCUCCAUCUUAGAAGCUUCUGACUACGGUAAGGAUGUUUGUGAAAAAUUCUCAAGCUCCUGCUCCUCAUUGAUGGCUCUAAGCCCUCUCAUCCCUGAAACUGAUCUCAGCUUAGUGGAACAAAGAGAGGCCAUUAGACAAAUCUUAGACUCCAAGCCCAAGUUAAUGAUUCUUCCAGCACCAGAUGGUGACUUAGAAGGCAAGGCAGUUGAUAAACAACACUUAUCACCAUUCCGUAAAGUUUUCCUGAAGCUUAAACCUCGGAAAUUAUUUGCAUUAUUUGCAUCAAUUAGACACCUGAAAAGAUAAAAGACAAAAAAAAUCUAGAUCACGAAAUUAUGUAAAAGAUAUGUACAUUUUAACAAUCCUUUUCGAAAGUUUGCUAGUAUUUAGUUACUCUGUAAAUUGGAGAAUGUUCAGGUCAUUAACACAUGGGCUUGAAGUGUUCCAAGAAAUCAUAGGAGGUGCAGACGGCUGAACGGGAUACUUUUGGUAGUCUAUGCUCACCAGCCGAGCUAUCUUUUUUGAGAACCAAGUGUCCAAAGACGCUUGUAGUACGUUUACGAGAAAAUGGACAUUUCCAUGUUUGUCCAAUUGGUUUAAUGGCAGCUUCUCAAAUUGGAGUUAGAAGAGCACUAAGCGUUUUCUUGCUCUCCCGAGUUGCAGCUAGAAUACGCUCCAUGCUCUGGCACUUGCCUCUAUCAUUGUAGAAUUGUUCAUCGUACCUCAUUAUACGUAUAUAGAACACCUCAUACAUAUACAUUAUGUCCUCUUAACUACCUCAAGGUCUCUGAAACUACUCACCCAUUCAUGCUAGUCCCUAUCAAUGCGC